UAAUGUUUUCAACGAUAAAAAUUUCAUAAUUUUUCUUCAGUUACACGCUUUCUUCAUCAAUUUGGCAACGGUUUCAACCUAAAAAUGAGCUUUGCUGGACUUUUAGAUUUUGCUCGGAAGGAUGUCGAUCUGCCGCAAAAUUCUCCAAACGAAUUACUGAAAGAUCUACAUGCUAACUUUAUCAAUCAAUACGAGAAAAACAAAAAUAGCUAUCAUUAUAUAAUGGCUGAACAUCUGAGAGUGAGCGGAAUUUAUUGGUGUGUCAACGCGAUGGAUUUAUCAAAGCAGCUCGAGAGAAUGUCGACUGAGGAAAUCGUGAAUUACGUACUUGGCUGUCGGAACACGGACGGAGGAUAUGGACCUGCUCCUGGUCAUGAUAGUCAUCUUCUACACACACUGUGUGCUGUUCAAACUUUGAUUAUUUUCAAUUCAAUUGAGAAAGCAGAUGCGGAUACAAUCAGCGAAUAUGUGAAAGGCUUGCAACAAGAAGACGGAAGCUUUUGUGGAGAUUUAUCUGGAGAAGUUGAUACACGAUUCACUCUGUGCUCUCUCGCUACUUGUCAUUUACUUGGUCGACUGUCCACAUUGAAUAUCGAUUCAGCUGUACGAUUUCUCAUGAGAUGUUACAAUACGGAUGGUGGAUUCGGAACACGCCCAGGAUCUGAAAGUCAUUCCGGACAGAUAUACUGUUGUGUUGGAGCUCUGGCGAUUGCCGGACGACUUGAUGAGAUUGAUAGAGAUAGAACAGCCGAAUGGCUUGCUUUCAGGCAAUGUGAUAGUGGAGGAUUAAAUGGUCGGCCUGAGAAAUUACCCGAUGUAUGUUAUUCCUGGUGGGUUCUCGCUUCUCUCGCCAUUCUCGGACGCCUCAAUUUCAUUGAUUCUGAUGCUAUGAAAAAGUUCAUAUACGCUUGUCAAGAUGAUGAAACUGGAGGAUUUGCAGACAGGCCCGGAGAUUGUGUAAGUUUUCUUAAUAAUAUUCAGAAAUUUAUAUUUGUAUUACAAUCAAAUAAUGUAUUGGCCACAACAAAGCAAUUAUUUGAGUGUUCCUUCAAUAACAGCUAGUUGCAUAAGCUGAGAGCGUUUGAGUUCCGAGUCAGUAUGUUCCAAAAAUUCUUGAAGCAUUUUCUUGAUAGAUGACAGUUUCUCGGAUGCAGCCUCUUCCGAAUCGGAGCGGACUGAAAUCAUCACGUGAAUCGGUUCUUUGAGAUGCUCCCAGCCAACACGUUCACGAAGACGUUCUUCUUUGGCAUCAUCUUUUGUACAUCCUGCAAAAUAGAACAGAUUAUUGAUUUCUCAAACUGCAAGAUAUACCUUUUCCGCGAAUGAACAGCUUGCAUCCGAGAUCUUUUUCGAGUUGGCGAAUUGUCAUUCCACGUGGACCAAUGAGGCGUCCGACUGGAUUAGUAUUGCUGAAAGGUCAUAUUUUGGAACGUCCAUUCCAAUACUAUCAACUAUACUUGGCAGUCUCGGGAGGAAAGAAAACUUUGUCAAUUUUCUCAAACUUCCCCUCUUCCUUAUUUUCAUUCUCAGAACAACCAUUUUUCAAACCUCCAAUCAAUGACAAAGUCAUUGGGCUGAAAGUCUGGCGACGUUGCAGUCCAGGUGGUGGUGUCAUCAACAACGGAUCAUCCUUCAGAAGAUUUCUAAGCGAGGAUAGAUCCAUUGAUUCAUCUUUUCCAGCAUUAGCUCUUCCGAGGAAAGAGGGUGGCGGUGUUCCGCUUCCGAGACCAUUCACGAUCAUUUCUGCGUCAUAAACACGCUUGAUUUCACGAACUAGAAGAUUCUGAAAACAUGACCCACAUGUAUACUAAGAUCAUAUAUAAUCUCAAGCUUACAUGAGCAUUUCGAAAUUUGACACUAUCAUUCGAUUCGUAUAUGUUAGUCAUUAUCUGAAGCUCUUUCAACAGAUCGUCUAAAUAACUGAAAAUAAUAAAACAUUGUCGGAACAGCUGAAAACGUUUAUUUAUAUACCUGCCAGUUGAACAAUUAGUUGAUGACUCCGGGAUGCUCAUUUCGCGUUGCGUCGAGACGGAAGCGAAUUUCACGAAGUGGUUAAUAAACUAUUCGGUGAGUACUAAACUAUUGAUCGAUCAAAGUGAAAUCUCAAUUGAGGGCAGUAGGAUAAAUAAAAAUGGAUCACGUUUUCAAUUUUCCAAAAAAAAAUUUUUGAAGAAAUAAUUAUUAAACGUGCCAAUUUAACUUUUAUAUUUGAUUUUUUUCAGGCGGAUCCCUUCCACACGGUCUUUGGCAUAGCUGCACUUUCUCUGUUUGGAGACGACACAUUGGAGUCAGUGGACCCAAUUUUCUGCAUGACCAAGAGAUGUCUCGGUGAUAAGCAAGUGGAGAUGUAUUACUAAUUUAUUGUAAUUAUUUAAAUUGAUACUGAUUAAAAUAAAUUAUUAUUUAAUCUAA